CUGCACUCGGCUGCGGAGAGCGCGGCGGGCGCGGAGAGAGGACGGGCGUGCGGCUCCGUCUCCGGCCCGUUCCCGGCAGCGGCCGCUCGCGCCGCUCCGGCGUUACCCGCCCCGCAGACGCGCCCCCGCCCUCCUGCGCUCCCUGCCCGCGGGGCUGAGCUCCCGGCGCCUGUCCGCCCGCCCCCAUCCGCCGCUCGCGGGGCGCGAAGCCCGCGCGGGGCCGGCAGAAGCAGCGCAAGCGGGUGGCGGUGGAGUCCGACCCGCGCGUCCUCCUUGUCCUCGGCGGGGGCCGGGCUGGAGCCGCCGGGGGACCAUGGUGUUGGACCAGGAGGACGUUCAUAGUUCCUUGCAAUUCUGAGGCACAAAAGUAGGUGAGACUGCUUUUGUAUCUGCGAAGUGCUUCACUCCUGAAUGUAAUUCUAGCUGAGUGCAAUCUAGGUUAAGAGCCGGACAAGCGGGUAAUUAGAGCCCGCUUGCUGCCCGAGGACCGGCUGCCCCACAGAAGCGCGCCCGGAGUCGGCUCCCUUCUCCCGGAGUCGGCUCCCUUCUCCCGGAGUCGGCUCCCUUCUCCCGGCCGAGCCGAGCUCCGCUGGACACGGAGCGCCCGAGAUGAUGGUGCUGGACAAGGAGGACGCCAUCACCCUCACACCGCCGCGUAACCCGAGAGGCGCUGAGCGCCUGAGCAAAUCGGUGGCUUCGGAGAAUCGGACUCCAGGGCUUUGCGGCGAGCUGUGCGCGGGAAGACGGCACCCGCCCCGUGCGUGGUGCCAGGCUGGCCAAGGAAAGGCCGGCUGGACCCUCGGGGAGACAGCUGCCCGCGAAUAUGACUCGGCGUGCCGAUGCUGUCCGUCCAGCCCAAAGGGAAGCAGAAGGGCUGUGCGGGCUGCAACCGCAAGAUCAAGGACCGCUACCUGCUGAAGGCGCUGGACAAGUACUGGCAUGAGGACUGCCUCAAGUGCGCCUGCUGCGACUGCCGCCUGGGCGAGGUGGGCUCCACCCUCUACACCAAGGCCAACCUCAUCCUGUGUCGCCGCGACUACCUGAGGCUUUUUGGCACUACAGGAAACUGUGCCGCCUGCAGCAAGCUGAUCCCAGCCUUCGAGAUGGUGAUGCGGGCCCGGGAUAAUGUGUAUCACCUUGACUGCUUCGCCUGCCAGCUCUGCAACCAGAGAUUUUGUGUGGGAGACAAAUUCUUCCUGAAGAACAACAUGAUCUUGUGUCAGAUGGACUAUGAGGAAGGGCAGCUCAAUGGCACCUUUGACUCCCAGGUUCAGUAACGCCCGGCGCCUGGCCUCCAGGCCCGUCUGCCCGCCUGCCCGCCUGCCCGCCCACCUGGCCGGCCAGCCGCUCUCCUGCCGAUUAGAACGCCUCCAUCCUCGAUGGGAGGGAUGGCCCUCGUCCGCCGUUGCCCGUCUGUGUGUGACCCCUCCUGGGGCCAGGCUGGGCCUGUACAGUCUGUCUUCUGUAUAUAAAUGGGAACAUUUAUUUUAUGAGAAAUGUAAUGCGAUUUUAUUACUGGCGUGGAUUAAACUUAUGAAUG